AGAGAGCACGGCCGGCCGGGGAGAGGCACCUGUGCUCCUCCAUUCUCCAGCCUGUGGCUCAGGGGCGCCCCCAGCACCAGUCAGGCCUCACCUCAGGACGGCUCUGAGCAAGAUGACCUUGGUGGAGACCCUGGGCCAGGACCUGAGGCCUUAGGGAGUGGGGGGCGGUGUGUACAGCAAGCCCCCCAUCCCCGCAGCGGCAUUAUGGGUAACACCAGCACCGACAACAUCUCUCUGCUCAACUGCAGCAUCGACCACGCCAUCCACCAGACGCUGGCGCCCGUGGUCUAUGUGGCUGUGCUGCUGGUGGGCUUCCCGGCCAACUGCCUGGCGCUCUACUUCGGCUACCUGCAGAUCAAGGCGCGCAACGAGCUGGGUGUAUACCUGUGCAACCUCACGCUGGCCGAUCUGUGCUACAUCUGCUCACUGCCCUUCUGGCUGCAGUAUGUGCUGCAGCAUGACAACUGGUCCUACAGUGAGCUGUCGUGCCAGCUGUGCGGCAUCCUGCUCUACGAGAACAUCUACAUCAGCGUGGCCUUCCUCUGCUGCAUCUCCAUCGACCGUUAUCUGGCCGUGGCGCAUCCCUUUCGCUUCCACCAGGUGCGCACGCUCAAGGCCGCCUUGGCCAUCAGCGUGGCCAUCUGGGCCAAGGAGCUGCUGGUGAGCAUGUAUUUCCUGCAGUACCCCGAGGUGGUGGAGGAGCACCACAGCCACCACCGCCUGUGCUUCGAGCACUACCCGCUGCUGCCCUGGCAGCGCGCCUUCAACUACUACCGCUUCCUCGUGGGCUUCCUCUUCCCACUGGGCCUGCUGGCCGCUGCCUACCAGGGCAUCCUGCGGGCCGUGCGUCGCAGCCACGGCACACAGCAGAGCCGCAAGGCCCAGAUCCAGCGGCUGGUGCUCAGCACCGUGGUCAUCUUCCUGGUCUGCUUCCUGCCCUAUCACGUGCUGCUGCUCGUCCGCAGCAUCUGGGAAUGGGGCUGUGACUUUGCACGCCGCGUCUUCAACGCUUACCACUUCGCCCUGCUGCUCACCAGCCUCAACUGCGUGGCCGACCCGGUGCUCUAUUGCUUUGUCAGUGAGACCACACACCGUGACCUGGCGCGCCUCCGUGGGGCCUGCAGGGCGCUGCUACCCUGUGCCCGGACCCCCCGGACCCGGGAAGCCUACCCGCUGGGCACUCCCGACGUCUCCGGCCGAAGCGAGGAACCUGAACUCUUGGCUAAGGUCCCCUUGGCCUUCCAGACCCCGAACUCGGCCACAGCAGGAGCAGCAGCUGCUGCGGGAAUGGCUUAGCCCGGGUCAGUGGGCAUGAAGCGAACCACACUGCGGUGUGGACUGAACGUGGCCAAGCGUUGGCCCUCUUUCUGCUGGGUGGCAGCAGGAUUUUCACCCACCAGAUGCCCACUGGGGCUGUUGGCAGGUGGAGUGGGGUGAUGGGCUCCCACAGAUUCUGGGUGCUGCAGGAAGAUAGUAACAAAUCACAUGCAGGUUUUUAAGGGGACUAAAAGAGGGGAGCAAUGUGAGGGCCCAGAAAGGAGGCUAGGUAGGUAUCAGAGAACCCCUGUGUUAAUGCACCCCGUUUAUCCAAGCUGCUGAGGCUAGACCCAGCCGGGCCACAGUGAGGAGGAAAAGAGGUGGGGUU